AUGUUCAACUACGAGAUACGUAAAGCCUUUGAUCAAGUGAUUGAUGUCAGACCAAUCUUCAGGAAGCAAUUGACAGUAGAUUCGAGAAACAACAGAAUUACCGAGCUAGAUCUGCAGUAUAUUGAACUACUCGCGAUAGAAUAUCAGAAAAGUUUAAGAAAAAAUCAUCGGAAUCUUCAAACAGUAGUUCUGCUGCAACACAACCCACUGGAUUGUAAUUGCCAGAUCUAUGAGCUCAUUCGAUAUAUCCAGAACAAUCUCCACCCUGCUGUGAAAAACUUGGUGGAUAUGAGAUUGGAGAACAAUGAAUGCACAUCCCCGCGUUUCCUCAAAGGCAAAAAACUCUCAGAUCUUCAACUGGAACUGAUAAAGUGCCCCUACCCAAUGAAGUGCAAGUCCUCGAGCGACUGUGAGUGUUUCUACAGACCUUUCAACGAUACUGUUGAGGUAGACUGUUCAUACAGAAACCUCACAAAGUUUCCCAGAAUCGAAGUGGAAGGUGAAAGAGUUGCAUUGAACUUAGUGGGAAAUGCCAUAAGUGAAAGUCCCUAUUCUAGUUUAGGAUAUGAGAAUGUUACUAGUUUGUUGCUGUCUAAUAAUAAGAUUUCCAGGGUCACGUGGUUGCCACCUAGAAUUGAGAUCAUCAAACUCGAUGGAAAUCAAUUGAAAUAUAUGACUCCAUAUAUAUUGAGAAAGAUGAACAACUCAUUAACUGUAGAAUUAUCUAACAACCCUUGGACUUGUGACUGUUUCGCUGCGAAUUUUCAAAAAUUCGUGAAAAACAAACUGGGAAAGGAAGGCAAAGAAAUUAUUUGCGCAGCUGACAACAAACCUCUUAUUGAGAAAACAAAUCUUUGUGAACUGAAGCCAUUUUUGAUUUUGCAUGUUAUGUAUCUCAGCCUAAUCCUCAUCGUUUUCCUGGUUGAAUUUUUCUCCUUCUAUCGUAAUUACAAAUCAAGGAAAGCUGAUGCUGCAGUAGAGAUUCUAUAUGUAUAACCCAUCCUCGAGACGAAAUUUUGGUCAAAGUGAAAUGAAGAAGCAAUACAAUUUGCCAAAUAAAAUUUUCUGUUGCCAAACUGGUUUCGAAAAUUUGAAAAAAGUGACACAGCUUGAAACAUACUGGUUUUAGAAGUAAUGGAUUUUGAGUAUAUUUUGGUUGGAGAUGCCAGAACGGUUUUU